UGCAGCGGGGUGGAUGGAGGAGGAGGAGGAGGAGGUGAAAGACUGGAAGGCGGAGAACUGAAUGAACGGGUCGGGGAAGGGGAAGGAUGCGGAUUACGGUAGCUCGCCGGCCAGCCUGCCUACCGACGAUGGUCUCGGUCGUCUGACGUGAGGAUGUGCGGAGAAAACGACGCGAGCCUGCGGUUUGUUGAUACGCUGAACACGGAGGGAGAGCUUGUAAUUUACCCGUCGGCUCAAAUAAUCUGUGACACCGAGGGUUGCCAGGUUUGAUUGUGAGGGUGAUUUUUUAUUUCCAACGUAGGCUGUUUUGUAUUUACAUUUAGCCUACGUUGUGAUUCAUCUUAUAUCGGUUUCCUUUCUCUUAGUUGAACGUCAAGAAAACCGGGGAAAAAACACAGUGACCCUUGUGGUGCAACUGCCAUCAUGGUUUUAGCCGUCAUUUUAGCAUCAUCACCACCUGAUCUCUUCUCCUGUGCCGCUGCAAACUGGAUGUCAAACUGAACGGAGCGUCGUAAAGUCCAAACCAAGCGAACCUUAAAAUACAACUUUACCGAGUGUCAACAUGGAGGCGUCGACGUUAACGCCUCGCUGGUUGACAGGUCUGUUUCUAUGGACAACGUUAUGUCUGCUCAGCAGCGGUCAAUCCGCGCCGGACGCCUCAGGCCUGCCUCUAGCUAUCCGCGUGCCACUGCGGCAAGGCGCUCGCGCUGAGCAGCCAGCGCCGCUGCCCGUUGCCUCCGCGCACCGCGAGCGCGGCAACGCUGGGAAGCACGGUGCGCGCAGGCGGAGAGGAGCGGCAGCGGGCGGCAUCAGCUUCGUGGACAUGAUUGAUAACCUGCGUGGGAAGUCCGGUCAGGGAUACUACGUGGAGAUGGCUGUGGGCUCUCCUCCGCAGAAGUUGAACAUCCUGGUGGAUACGGGAAGCAGCAACUUUGCUGUCGGGGCAGCUGCUCAUCCCUUCCUGCGCAGAUACUACCAUCGUUCGCUCUCCAGCUCAUACCGUGACGAGGGUAGGAGUGUGUACGUUCCCUACACCCAGGGUCGCUGGGAAGGGGAGCUGGGCACCGACCUGGUCUCUGUCCCCCACGGCCCCAACGCCACUCUGCGUGCCAACAUUGCAGCAAUCACCCAGUCAGAUCGCUUCUUCAUCAAUGGAUCCAACUGGGAGGGAAUCCUGGGACUGGCCUAUGCCGAUAUAGCCCGGCCUGAUGAGACAUUGGAGCCUUUCUUUGACUCUCUGGUUCGCCAGACUCCUGUCCCCAACCUCUUCUCUCUCCAGCUGUGUGGAGCCGGCUUCACCCAGAACUACUCCCUGGGCAGCGCCACUGUUGGCGGCAGCAUGAUCAUCGGAGGAGUGGACCCAUCGCUCUAUGUGGGAGAGCUUUGGUACACUCCCAUCCGCAGGGAGUGGUACUAUGAGGUCAUCAUUGUACGUAUUGAGGUGAAUGGACAAGACCUCAACAUGGACUGUAAAGAGUACAACUAUGAUAAAAGCAUCGUGGAUAGUGGCACCACCAACCUUCGACUGCCUAGAAAAGUCUUCCAGGCUGCAGUCAAGGCUAUUGAAGCAGCCUCUUCGACAGAGCAGUUUCCCUCUGGGUUCUGGCUUGGGGAGCAGCUGGUAUGUUGGCAGGCCGGCACUACACCCUGGCACAUCUUCCCCGUCAUCUCCCUCUACCUGAUGAGUGAAAACCACAACCAGUCAUUCAGAAUCUCCAUCCUACCGCAGCAAUACCUGCGGCCAGUAGAGGAUGUGGCCUCGGCCCAAGAGGACUGCUACAAGUUUGCCGUGUCCCAGUCUAGCACUGGUACAGUGAUGGGGGCUGUCAUCAUGGAAGGCUUCUACGUGGUGUUCGACCGAGAAAAGAAACGCAUCGGCUUUGCUGUCAGCACCUGCCACGUGCAUGAUGAGUUCCGCACAGCCUCCGUGGAGGGCCCAUUCCAUGGCGUCGACCUGGAGGACUGUGGCUACAACAUCCCCCAGACCGAUGAGUCCACCCUUAUGACCAUCGCUUACAUCAUGGCGGGAAUCUGCGCUCUCUUCAUGCUGCCGCUGUGUCUCAUGGUGUGCCAGUGGCGUUUCGCUCGCUGUCUCCACCCACACGGGGACUUCGCUGACGACAUAUCGCUCCUUAAGUGAAGGGAGAGUCGAAGGGGACUAAAGGAGUCGUGGAGACCUACGCUUGAAACGCAGGACAGGGGAUGGAGAAUGUGGUAAAAGGGAUUGUUGCAAAAAUGUUGGUGCUGUUGAGAGAGAGGUUUUUCAGGAUAUGUAAAGUAUAGAAAAUGCUGACACACACGGGACGGAGCAUAUGAGGAUAACUAGAGCCAUUACUAACCGCAAGGACAAACAAGAGUAAGUUGGUGUCAUCAGCGUCAACUAUGCCUGUUUAAGCUACCUAUGCAGAUCAGCAUGGAGGAAGGGACAGAUGUGGGGAACAUGCAAAAUAAAAAAAACAGCUCUUUGUUAUAAAUAGUGUAUAAAUAGACCACAGAGGUGGAUCAGAUUUGGAAUUUUGUCUCUUAACGUUGCAGAGCUCCACGCAGAGUGGUUUGAGGGGAAAAUAAAAUAAUGAAUAAACUCACAACCUGGAUGUGAACACAAGAUGUGAAUCUAUCAUGCAGUCAGACGUGGUUUUGUCGGAGUGUGUUUCUAGAUCUACUGUUUGUGGCUUCUGAGUGAAUGAAACAAGGUUGAUAUGUGUGAGCAUGCCUGUAUGUGUGCACAGCUGUACUGUACGUGGAGAGUAUACAGAGCGAUUUAAUGAAGAUGAAGAUGAUACUUAUGAGAAUGACACUACUGAGUAUGAAUAGCAUCUAUGAAAUUACAAUAUUUUGCAAAUGCCAGCAAAGAAUUCUGCAACGCAAAUUAAGUAAGCAUAAAGAGGUUCAUUUGAUGAAAUAUCAGAUCGUAACAGCAUUUAUUGCAUAAAAUCAGUUCUGCUUGGCGUGAGACUGAGACUACUGAACACAGUCGAUAUCAGAUGUCACUUUUUCUUCCUAUAUUGAUAGCUUAUAUGUAUCUAUUGUAAAUAAAAUUUGUGCAUUCCAGAUCUUCUAUUUGCGCAGUCACACACAGAAUACACAUUGCUUAUCUACUGCUGCACCAUCUGAUGAUUUGCACAUGUAAAAAAAAAACACAUUACAUAUCACCAAACCAAGACUUAACAGGGCUUCUCUCACAGACACACAAACAGCCUAACUCACCACAUCUUUCAAUGGGGACCAUACAGUAUAUGCUCGGACAAGGAAACCAGCCCAAAGUAUGUUAUACACUAAAGAACACUAUGUAUAUGUCUACAAGGGACAGUUUGUAUUGUCUCUCAGCAAGCUGUAUAUAGAUAAACUCAGAACUGUAUAUUUAUCUGUCAGGCGCUGGCAGCACUGUGGAAUCAAUAAAGUACUUAUGGUAACUGGAA